GUGCAUGCUGGGAGAUAUUGAGCCGGCUGACUCAACCUUCAGUUUUCUGCUUCACUUUCCCCCGUCCUGCACUCUUCAACCGGCUCAAUCUGACCACGUAUGGACGGUGCUGUCUCUACCUGAGUCAUGGACAUCAGUGGACAACAUCUCACGGUGUAGCCAGGAGGAUUCGUCGACCGCCAGAGAACCAUGGAGCCAGAUGUGGUCCGCAUGUACUCGUCCUCUCCACCCCCGAUGGAGGACGGCACAGAGGAAGAGGACAACGAGUUCGGGGACUUCGGUACCUUCGCCGGCGUCCCGAACAGCGUCAGCUUCACCGAAUUCGACACCCUGACCACUUUCAACCAGACCCAAGCUCUGACCGCCACCUCCCCACCUGAGAUCCUCAACAACAGAGGGGUGACGGGUUUCAGCCACGGCUCCUCUAACGGCACCCACGGCCCGAACAGCGAUCUGUCCAAGGCUAAUGGCGUUGUGCCGGCGGGCCACCUGGGCAGCAGUCCCUCAGAAAGAACUGAGAUGAAAAAGGUCCUCUCCGGCCCUCUGAGUCACUCGGGGAGCGUCACAGCCGCCAGCGAGCCCGCUGCCUGCAACGGCGGAGGCACGGAGGUGCUAACUAACGGGUUUGCAACCUUUGACGUUCAGGGAAGCCCCUCCUUGCAGAAUUCUGUCCAUUCUCAUUUAAAAGGAACAUCCACUGAGGACACGGGCGGCGUCCCCGUCGGCAGCCCCGAGGACGAUUUCGCAGACUUUGCUGCUUUUUCCAAUGCCGAGGGACACCUCAGCCCGACGGCAAACGAGGACUCAGACAAUCCCACGGGGGGCAGCCGGCUGGCGGAGGCCGCCUGCCUCGAGGAGCACUAUGACUCAGAGCAGGGAACGACUUCAGAGGACAAUGUCAGGGACACACACAGAACUGGACCAAAUGCACCCGGCUCUGAUUCCAUAUCUGCUCACGCCGAGGCCCCGGGUGGCUCGUGCAACACGGACCGGGGCUCUCUUACGGAUGCUGACUCUCAACAAAGGGACGUAGCCUUUGCACAGGAGCACUUGGCCUCAGAGGCAGUUUGCACUAACAGACCCCUCACUCUGAACGGGGUGGACGCGGCCCACGGGGACGAUUCCAAAGACUCCGCGGACUGCAGCGAAAACGACCUCUCGCCCGAUGCAGCCGCAGACUGUGAGGCGGGACGGUCGGACGGGAAGGGCUCCGGUAACGAGACGGAGACGGAAACGGAGACGGAGACGGAAACGGAGACGGAGACGUCGCUGGGCCGGCCGUUGUCCACAGACGCUCUGGAGGAGUUCGGCGACAUGAGCACCACGGGCUCGGUGCCCUCUCCGCCCCUCCAAGGCGAGACCGCCACGCCGGCCGACCACAGCCAGCUGGCAGAGGACGACGAGGACGAGGACUUCGGGGACUUCGGAGACUCCGGCUCAUUCGGCGGGCAGGGCUUUGCCGACUUUGACCAGCUGGAUGUCCAGCAGGAGCAGAGCAGGUCGGCCAGCCCCGCCGCUGCACAGGAAACUACAGACGGUAAGUACGAGGACGACUUUGGCGACUUCAACUCCCCCAAAUUUCACGCCAGUGAAAACGAGGGGGAGGAUGGAGGCACGUUUGCAGACUUCCCCGUCAGCGACAGUUUCGGGAAUUUCAACUCGGCGGCUGAAGGCGCAGACGGUGAGGCGGAUGCAGGGUGGAGCGCCUUCGGGGAGCAGCAGCAGGUGGAGCAGGAAGAGGAGCAGGAGUCCUGGGCGGCGUUCAGCACGGACCAGAGCGUCGCUCCUCCUGCAGAGAGCAGAGAGGAGGAGCAGCAGGAGGAGGAUGAGUGGCAUGAGAGUGAACUUCCCGCAGUCAGCGAGGAAACCAGCAGGACAGACAGACAGUCGGCGUCGCUGUCGAGCCGUCUGGAGAAGCUGUUUCAGGGCAGCUUCCCUCAGACCGCCGCCCCCUCUGUGGAGGACCAGGUGGUGUCCCUGAGGGUCCUGCUGGGACCCCCGGAGGACCGACCUCAGCCGGGGGCCGAGGAGGAGGAGACGUCGCCGCCAUGCGACAGGUCUGCGCGUGGCUGCGUGUGGACGCAGCUUCAGGACAUCCACGAGGCGCUCGGCCUCCGAUACCAGUGGGGGGGCUCCUACUGCAACAAAGCGCUGCUCUGCUGCCUCGGCAUCGACACCCGGAACAUUCUGUUCACGGGACAGAAGAAGCAGCCGGUCAUCGUGCCCAUGUACGCCGCCAGCCUGGGGAUGCUGGAACCAACCAAAGAGCCUGUGAAGCCCGUCUCUGCAGCAGAGAUGAUCGCCUCUAUAGCCCAGGCGCCUCCUCCGGUGGCUCCAGAGACCAGCUCCUGUCCCUCGGACACGGUCCAGCAGGAGGCGCUCCCACCCGUCCAGUUCGACUGGAGCAGCAGUGGCCUUACCAACCCUCUGGACGCGAGCGGAGGCUCGUCUCUGUUAAACCUGGAUUUCUUUGGUCCUGUGGAGGAUUCAGGCUCCAGCAGCUCGCCCUCCAUCCCAGGAGUCGACCCCGAGCUUUACGAGCUGACGACAGCCAAGCUGGACUCCGGCAGCCGCAUGGCCGACGCCUUCGCCCGCCUGAUGUCCACCAUGGAGAAGACCAGCACGUCCACCAGGAAGCCGAGGAAAGAGGAGAAUCUGAGCGACGAGGCGGCCAAAGUGAUCGCCAGUCUGCCCGAUCUCUCCUUCAUGCAGGCCAAGGUGCUGAUGUUCCCCGCCAUGCUGACGCCGCUCGGCUGCCAGACCACGCCAGACUGACUCCCCCCCCCCCCUUCCACUGACAUCAUCCCAUCCCUCCCCUAAACCCCGCCCACUCUGCCCACUGGCCCCUCCCCCGCCGACUGGGCCCAUCUUAACAAGUUGUCCUCGCCUUCGUUCUUUCUUCUUCUCUUGCAGCAGCUCAGUUCCCUUUCAUACUUUUUUUUAAUUUAUUUUUUUUAAUUUGCGCUUUUGUUUUUCAACUUAUUAUUUUUUAAGUAAAGCGAAGCAUUUAUGAUCACAGCAGCUCUGACGUGAAGGACGACCUGCACAUUAACAGAUUAAUUUAUAGUGGAAGGUGUAGCCGUGUAGAAGGAUCAUCGUGUAUAUAAUCAGGGAUUAAAUGUUUAUAUUCUUUUUGUUUUCCUUGUUUUUAAUCGUGAGCGGUUCUCUGGAGCGUCUCUGUGGUGGGAGUGUGUUCGUGUCUGUGAAGGAAACUCUGGCUGAAGCUCUUUGAAUCAAAAUGAAGUGGAAUAUAAUGUAAGUUUAAAUGAAUACAUUUAUAUACAUCUAUAAGAUCUCUCUAUAUAUAAAUAUAUAUUUAUCGACUUGAAACCACACUGCCUGCAAAAUCCAGCUGAAUGUUUUUGUCCCCUCGUCGUGUUUGAAGGCCUUCGUUCUUAGAUUUUUAACUUUUCUUUAACCCGCAGUGUCCACUUCUUCUUCUCUUUUUAACUUAAGUUAUGCCCCGCCCACCUCACUGCUGCUGUCUCUAGAACGCAGGAUGUUUUUAUUCUUUAGUUUGGGGAAACUUCCUCCGCCGGUGAGUUGAUGUGUCCUCGGUUAUCAUUCGGAGCUUUUAUCUUAAUUCCGCGUCGAUCUCUUUUGUACACGUGUUCCAGCUGUUGUGGCCGCUGGAUGAACACGUUUCCUUCCUCCUUUGUGUCCUUUCUCUCUCUGUUCUUUUGUUUUUGAGGGGUGAAAAUGGGACUUUUUGUUUGUUUGUUUUUCUUCGGUUAAAACCACUGAAACUUAAAAGUUUCUCUGCAGUGAAGGUCGACUCGCAUCAGAAGGGAAUCAAGGGACCAAUUUCUGCUUCCGUGUGCCGGGUGUGCGUACGCUGUCCUGAUAUGAAGUGCUUUUUGUCGUUGCAGCUCUUAUUUGCUCAUGUUUUGCAAUAUUUCUUUUGUUUUUGUUUUGCUCAUACUACUGUCGGCCCCGUCUCGCAGGAGGAUUUUGCACAUUGUAAAGAUGAAAUGGAUGUAAUCAUAGUUCACUGUGGCUUUAGACUGUGUACAGUUAAACUAUGGACUGUAAAAUGUACGGGAAAAUUCCUAUGGAAAAAAACUGAAUCACUUGAAGAGCCUGUCAAAAGGUUAUCGUGCAUGCCCGGGUUCUUUUGAGACUAUAAGUGUGUAAAUUUUACUUUUAGUGUACACAAGAAAUUAAAAUCGAUAUCUUCUCUG